GUCUCUGGUUCCUCGCGCGAGAGAGACGCGCUGCCGGUGUUCUGUGGCGGCAGGUGCGAGCGCGCAUCAUCAUCAUCAUCAUCAUCAUCAUCACUCCGUUUGCUCUUCCGAACUUCUGCACGUUUUUGCUUCUGAAUCGCGAUGUUUGAGGCGGAAUGGGACUGAAGAGCAGCGACGCAUCUGGAAAACACGCUCGACCAUGACGCGCGCGCUGACCGUCCUCCUGUGCGUAUUUACCCUCAUCAGAAGUGGAGCGAGUGCAGACUCAGAGGAGCGUCUGAUGAACUGGCUGCUGGGUAAAGAUCGCUAUAACAAGCUGAUCAGGCCGGCUGUGAACCGCAGCGAGAGAGUGACGGUCGUCCUGCAGGUGUCUCUGGCGCAGCUCAUCAGUGUGAAUGAACGAGAACAAAUCAUGACGACAAACGUCUGGCUCACUCAGAACUGGAAUGAUUAUCGGCUGUCGUGGGACCCGGCUGAGUACGAGGGGAUCGACAAGCUCCGGAUCCCCUCCAGACACAUCUGGCUGCCGGAUAUAGUGCUGUACAACAAUGCCGACGGGACGUAUGAGGUGACGGUCUUCACCAACGCCAUCGUCCUGUUCAACGGGAGCAUCGCCUGGCUUCCUCCUGCCAUAUACAAGAGCGCCUGUAAGAUCGAGGUCAAACACUUCCCCUUUGACCAGCAGAACUGCACUCUGAAAUUCCGCUCCUGGACGUACGAUCACACAGAGAUCGAUCUGGUCCUGAAGUCCGAGGUGGCCAGCAUGGACGACUUCACUCCCAGCGGCGAGUGGGACAUCUUGGCUCUGCCGGGCAGGAGGACGGUCAGCGCUCUGGACCCCACCUAUGUGGACCUGACGUACGACUUCAUCAUCAAGCGCAAGCCGCUGUUCUACACCAUAAACCUGAUCAUCCCCUGCGUGCUCAUCACCUCGCUGGCCAUCCUGGUCUUCUACCUGCCGUCGGACUGCGGCGAGAAGAUGACGCUGUGCAUCUCCGUCCUGCUGGCGCUCACCGUCUUCCUCCUGCUGAUCUCUAAGAUCGUGCCGCCCACGUCCUUGGACGUUCCCCUGAUCGGAAAGUACCUAAUGUUCACCAUGGUGUUGGUCACGUUUUCCAUCAUCACGAGCGUGUGCGUGCUGAACGUGCACCAUCGCUCUCCGAGCACCCACAGCAUGCCGGCCUGGGUCAAGCUGGUGUUCCUGGUCAAACUUCCGGCGUUGCUGUUCAUGCAGAGACCUCACGGGAACUCGGCUCGACAGCGUCUGCGGCAGAAGAGGCGUCUGCGUGACCCCAGGUCUCUGUUGGGCCUCGGGUACGCUGCUCCUCGCAAAUCCGCCAUGUCCUCGUCUGCGUCUGCGCUGUUGGCUGCGCCGCCGGCUUCGGCUCUCUCGUCACCAGGACACUUCUACAACAAGGGCCCUCAACCGCAUUACAGCCACGGCUCUCGGAAAGCAGAUCCACGGCCCACCGAGUUCCUGCCCAACGGACACAACUCCACACAGGACCUGAGGGGGAGCAGGGCCGCUGCAGACUGGGGAUCUGAGAUUCAGGAGGCUGUGGAUGGAGUUCGCUACGUAGCUGAUCACAUGAUGGGAAAUGACGAUGAUCAAAGUGUCAUCGAGGACUGGAAGUAUGUAGCCAUGGUGGUGGACCGCUUGUUCCUGUGGAUCUUCGUGAUCGUGUGUGUGGUGGGAACGCUGGGGCUCUUCCUCCAGCCGCUCUUCCAGAACCAGAUCUUUCCCAUCCAGCAGCCCAGCACAGAGUCCUCCGGACGGGAUGGGAUAUGACGCGGAAGGCCAAGCCGGGGAUUCGAAUGGCUCAACUGAUACUUUCUAUAAUCCAGCUCUAAGACUUUACGAUCUGAGCGUGAACUGACACUGAGUCAUUGAGCAAAUAUUGUAAUAUAUCACAGCAGUGUACAGCGUUUUCCUCACAUCAGAAAUCAUUUGACCCGGAAUAUGACAGUAUUAAAAGCUCAGGGGCACUAGUGGCACCAAACUAUAAUGGAAAAAUUAUGAUUGUUUUCAUACAGGUUUCACUCCCCUUGUCUGCCAUUGGUCAGAAAAAGCAGUUAACUCCACCCACCAGCUCAUGUUAUUGGUUGAGCCAUUGUUUGAUCACUUUUAUAUGAAAAUAAACCUGCAAAUGGUGCAUUUACUCUCCACAUAUUAAGAUGGGAUAAGAUUAUAUUGAUGUAAACAGAAAUUACACACUUUUAAUUAUCCUAAAUGUGUUUACACUGAAAGAAAUUGGUGUUUUGGUGAUUUACUUUCACUAGUAAAUUUGACAAAUAAUUACAAAGAAACGGCAAGUAAUGCAUUGAAUUAAAUGUGAAAUUUUGAAGUAGAAAAACUGAAAUAGUAUUUUUGCAACUCUUUCUGUUCUUUCAGAGUUCUUUUAGGCUUGUGAUGGAUUGUACAAUUUACAAAACAAGUUUUACAGAUAUAAACCAAUUAUAAUGUUUUCUCUUUCUGGGAUCUUGUUUUUCUGAGGAAUCCAGAAACCCCAGAGAAGAUAACACGGGUGAAACUGUAUUUUGUUUUUUUCUUUCACCUUUAUGAUGGGAUUAUUGGGUUUUGGACUGCCUUAUUUUGUGUGUGGAUUCUCUCUGCUUUUACAGUGCAGAUUUUUCAACUGAGACUCAUUUAAUACCACAUCAUUUGUCUCAUGGAUCCAGUUAUUCUUUAUUUAUUGUUUAUGGAGGAUGUGCUUUGUUUGAAUUUAGUUGUUUCCAUAAUACAUGCUGUUAUUGAUGAGAUUCGGGUGUUUUGUCAGAUUUAUUUGUGGAAGGUAACUUGUACAAUCUAAAAGAACCCGAUAAAACUCGCAGAAAGAGUUGUGGGACGAGUGGUCUUGAUCGAUAAACAAGGUUUGAAUCACUGUGUGGUACUUAAUCAGAUUUACAACUAUUCAUGUCCAUUAUGGGAAGGUCUUAUUUGAAUAAAAUAAUG